AACACUAUCCGAAUUGCAGAUUUGGGUUGUUCUGUUGGGCCAAACACUUUCAUUGCUAUGCAAAAUGUACUAGAAGCCAUGGAAAUGAAAUUUCAUUCCCAAAAUGUAACUUCUGAGAUGCCCGAAUUUCAACUAUUUUUCAGCGAUCAUACUUCCAAUGAUUUCAACCGCCUUUUCUCUUCCCUCCCUCCCGAUAGGCAAUACUUUGCUACAGGAGUGCCUGGUUCAUUCCAUGGUCGGUUAUUCCCAUAGUCCUCUCUUCAUUUUGUACAUUCCUCUAUUGCACUCCAUUGGCUCUCUAAGGUGCCAGAAGAGCUACUAGACAAGAGUUGUCCUGCAUGGAAUAAGGGAAGAAUUCACUACACAAGUGCCCCAAAAGAAGUUAUUAAUGCUUAUACAACUCAAUUUGCCAAGGACAUGCAGACCUUUUUUAACGCCAGAGCUGAUGAGAUUGAAGUGGGAGGGAUGAUGAUAGUGACCUUGCCAGCUCUUCCAAACAUACACGAUCAUGCUCAUCACCCAGCCGGUGUCCUGUUCCUCGCUCUUGAGCAAAGUCUUGUUGAUAUGGUGAAAGCUGGAUCAAUUAGUGAAGAUGAGCUGGACGCCUUCAACUUGCCUUUGUAUUCUCCUUCGCCCGAUGAGAUGAAUCAGCUAGUAGAAAAAAAUGGGUGUUUCAGCAUAGAGAGGAUGGAGUUAACUAAUCCCGCGGCAAAGACUGAUGGACCAUCAAUUAACAUACCGGCACUAGUAAUGCACCUUAGAGCUGGCUUUGAAGCAGUGUUCACCAAUCACUUUGGCAAAAAGAUCAUUGAAGAAUUGUUUGAACGUACUCUUAAUAAAUCUGCAGAGAUUUUCUCCCAGUUUGAAGCAAGCCUCAAGAAUGGAAGCCAACUAUUUUUGGUUUUGAAGCGUAAAUGAUUUGAGUUCAAGUGGCCUUGGUCAUCUCAUUGGGAUACUUUUGUUGGGAAGUUUUGAAUUCAGAUUUGGACAAAUAAAAUUGUGAUGAUCUGAAAAAUAACUCUGUUGCUCUGGACAUUGAGUUUCUAAUCUAUGGCAUUAGUUGAUUAUGAAUAUUAUAACUUGGAUGCUUUUAUACUUA